AUGGAUGAGGUUGAGAGUGUCUGUGCAGAAUGCAGAAAGCCGUGAGUUUUCAUCGCUUUUUGUCCGUAUUUAGUCAUUCCAAUGAGCGUUAAUCUUUCACGCUUUAUCUUACCAUAACGCUUUCCUUACGACAGGUUGCUCGAGAAAAUAAGCCUUAAAUUAAUACUCAUAGGUGCCCUGACUUAUUCAUUAAUACGUUUUCUCAAAAAGCGGUUGUAAUGCUGCAUCUAAAAGACGCAACGCGAACUUCUACUUUAUACUGCGGUUCAUUUGGAACUCAGCGACAGCUUCCUUUACUCAUAUCGCGAAGUCAACUCAGAUGAAGGCGUCUGACGGAAUCUACAGUCAAACAAGACGUUUAUUUUUCAACUCUAGAGGCCAACGCAGCGAGUGAGGGGCGUUUCAUAAUAGAUGAUUCAUGAGUCAGAGGAUCGUUCUCAGAUGGCACGCGCAUGGGCAGCAUACACAAACCCAGUGGAUGUGCGCAUGGGCUGGUAGCAGUCCGGUCUCAUCAUGUGUUAAUCCUUAACCCGGCUUCUUUGCGGGAAAAAGUACGCCAGCGUCCUUUCGCUCUGAUGUUCCAGCAUUGUGUCCACGUAGGUGACUAGCAACGGUAUUUUAACCAGGAACCACCAUCCUUAUCUCAUUUAUUGAGAGAUUUGAGAGGGGAAUUAGCUUUAUUUUGAAAUCUUAGGUUCAGAGUUUUCAGCAAAAAUUGGCUCCAUUCACUGUGGCAGUAAAUAAGUUAAGAGAUUAUUCGACAGUCAAAGAAACGAUUAUUAUGGGGAUAGUUCAAGUCUUAGCUUCGGUAUUUCUGUCUCUUCGCACGUCAGAUAGCGCGCCAGGAAUGGCAAUACAGAGGCUCGAUAAGCCGAUGUGCGACAGGGUAUAAGACGGAAGUUGCGGCGCAUCAGGCGUGAAGACUUCGCAGACAUAAGAUCGGAAUGUAGGGGGUGGGCAACGUCAUCUAGAAUUCGACCAGCAAAUUGCUUGACCGCAUUGAAGUGUCGUUGUAAGAUAGUGUCAAUUAAAUAAAGAUUAGAAACACCAGCAGCAGAAGAGAGCAUGCGGAGGACUCGUUUCAAAAUUAAAAGGUCCUUUUUUAGCAAAGCAGGAAAAAUGACAGGAGAACAGUAUAGGAUAAGAGGAAGAAUGCAGACAUCAAUGAAUCGCCAGACUAAGGGUUGAGGUGUGGGGUAGGAACGCAAACGACGUAUGUAGUAAAGAAGUUUACGAACUUUAAUAAAUAGGGACCCAAUAUGGAGGGAAAAUGAAAGAUUUGAGGACAAAGUAACGCCGAGGUACCUGAAAGAGGAUACUUCGUGAGGAAGAAUGUCAGAGGAAUCAGGAUUAGGAGAGGGCCGCAGUCGAAAAAUACACUGAACGGAUUUUCGGUUGUUAAUUAGGAAACCAUUUUCCUCCGACCACGCUAGGACAUGGUUUAGGCCAUCCUUUAGAGACCGGAAGUGUGUCUGACUUUUGGGAGGGUCUCCAAAAACCACAUCAUCAGCAAACAUGACCAGAAGACAGUCAUUAGGGGACCUUAGAUCGUCAGUGUGGAGGAAGAAAAGGUGAGGGGAUAGAAUGGAACCUUGAAGAACACCGCAGUCAUUGGGAAGGGUCGAAGAUUUCCGCUUGCCAGAUUGGACAAAUUGAGUGCGGAAGGUAAAAUAAUCUCUAAGCCAAGAGACGACCCAGCCUGGAGAGCCGCAUGCGGAGGUUUUGGUAAGGAGAAGAGGGCGCUGGACAGUAUUGAAGGCGGAGGUCUAAUCAAGAAAAGCGCACGCAUACUCGCGGCAACCCUUGUCUAAUGCUUUUAGAGCAGAGUGAACCACAAGAGCAAAAGCAUCUAAAGUACUCCGUUUGGCUUUAUAUGCAAAUUGCAUGGGGUCGGAAAAACUGGAAGAAAAAGGCUUUAUGAUAUCUAGGUCAACUCUUUCAGCAAGCUUUAAUAUUGUAGAGGAGCAGGCAAUUGGACGAAAAGAUUAAGGACCAAAGUUAGCGGGCAUUUUAGGGAUGGGAGUGAUUCUCACUGUACCCCAGGCGUCGGGAAUCUUGGACUCCAUGAAAGACAUAUUGAUUAGGUGCGUUAAAAUAGGGGCUAUCUGAGAACUGCAAGAUUUAAGAAAAAAAGGCAAGACACCAACCAGUCCGGCAGCUGUUGAUCCACGGACAUUUUUAAGGUGUUUCGCUACUGUUGCCAAAGACACGGGUUGGAAUGUGCAGGACUCCAUGAAAUGGCUACUUCUGUAGGACAAAAUCCGCUAAUCACAGUUACCUUCUCCCGUUCAUGGAGACUUUAGUUGUCCGUUAAAGUUGUGCUUGACUGUAGGAAACAGACAGAUUCAUUCUCUCCAGGUUCAUACGGAGGCGUCUUUCCAACCCAACUACACGCCAGCAGAGAGGCCGACGCGUGGUCUAUUAGUCCUUGAACUUCGGAAGAGAACAUGGUUUAGUUUUGAAGAAGGAAAGGCGAUCGUUGGGACAAGAGCUCUACUAGCCUGACGUUUCGGAUUCCUGCUCGAACCCACCCUCAGAGACAAAAGCAGAUACGAUCGGUUCAUGGACAAGGGGCUGCAGUAUUUAUAAGAUGCAGUCGCCAUGCUAUCGCAUACCUAUGAACAUUCACGGCUCUCCCCUCCAUCCGGGAACGUCGCACUUGUUGUGCUGAUUGUUUGAUGGCCGACAUUCGCGUCGUUAAUUGCUGCAAUUUCAUCACGUGCGUUGGGUGUUGGUGUGAUGAUUGCUCGACCAUCUGAUCCACCGACCCUGGAGUUGGGAAAAGUGUUCACUUGUGCGCUCCUUGCGUGGCUAAUUACUCCGCCUGGGCGAAGCCUCAGCACCGAGUAUGGAAGGGGAAUGUCAUUGCACUUGUUAAACGUCAGGCUAAUAAAGCUCUUGUCCCAGCGAUCGUGUCUCCUUUUUAAAGACUACUUCCUGGGACUUGUCUCUUCUGUUCUAUUGGCAAGAUUUAGUAAUCAACAACAAACAUGGGAGGCCGCCCAUGCCGUUCUUCUUUUGGACGAGUUCGAUUUGAAUGUCUGCGAGGCUGACACGUUAGACGAAGGUUUGAGCCGCAUCGAAAACACCACCUGAAAUCAUUUGCAGCAAUACGCAGAGCAUGUAUCAAAGAUCGAAAGGCCACAGGUCCAUCUCAGAUAUAUACAUUCAGUCAUUAUCUCGUUUGCAGAAUACCGGUUGUCCAAACGUGUGGAUUAUUACUAUCAAAAAACAGGCAACUUUGGAUUCACUUGUGAAGCUAUCUGUUUAACUAUUAAAGUGCGGGGUUUACCAAGCCUCGACGUCUUUUGGGCCUUUCGAUCGCCGCGAUAUGACCCAGCGGACAAUGCUCCUCUGCUAGAUAAGCUUACCAUGCGGCAGGAUAUCCUGAUCGUAUGUGACGUUGAUGCACGUCCGGCUCAAGACUGGCUUUCAGCAGUCGCCUCCUGAGAAAGACGCUCGCGUUGCUGCUGAACAUUCACCUCGCGUCGCCAAAUAGAGAGCACGAAAGAUAACAAGCCAGCUGCCUUUACCUUGUCCGCAUGAAAUUGCAGGAGAACUUUAAUGAAAUGAUAUGUCUACCCCCCCCCCCCCCUCGGUCAAAGUGACCACUUCGGUCUGUUGAAGGAAGGCGGAGAUUUAGACCACAUUAAGGCUGACAUUAUAGUCACUGUGUGGCAAUCCGCAUUCUCCGCAAAUGUAGUCGAGGACAGAGACCGGUUCUAUAAAGCACUGCACAGGCUCCUCACAAACCACAGCCCGCUUCCACGAACAAGGUUCGUAAACGGACCUCGGUGGCUGGAACAGUCUUUGCAUUGGCGAAGCGAACUAAAGGCGGGGCUUUGAAAAUGUAUCCCACUGGCUGAAUUCACGUAUACAUGCAUAAGUAUGCAAUUCAGAGAAAUCUAGUCAAUGGUCUGGACGGUGCAGCGAAUAUCCCGAAUUUAUGAUAGUUUAUAUUUGGGUUGGCACGCGAAGCAGAGAUCCCAUACUUCUGCUGAAGACCGCUGACGGCACAGAUCUCUUUCAAAAUGGGGCGACAGCUAAUCAAUGACAUUCUAUCGUUACUAGUCGCUUUGCGACUGUCGGAGGGAAUCUAGAUCGAGACUUAUUGGCAGAACGGGGCGGGUGUGUCCCGUCCCGGCCGUGACACUAUUCGUAACUCCUAUCACGCAUAAGAAACUUUUUUGCUUCGUGAAGCCAGUGGAAAGGUGUACACCUAUUCCUCAUUGAAUAAAUAUCCGAUCUGCAGCGACUGAUGCGGCGACGCACUGAAGAACUUCGGCUUGAUUAAAUGCCUAUGACCAAUCUCGUAGAACCCAGUGGUGGAACAGUUGCGUCAGGUGCGUCUAUGCGCAUGUUUGUGUUUCUGGUCUCAGCUGGUGGUGGGAGUUAUGGUUGAUUACAUGAAGGCAGACAAGUCCGAAGGAGUUCUGUAUUACUUUGCUCCAGAAUCUGUCCUCUCCCGUCUGAUAUAAAUAUAUAUGCAAUGAAUAAUUUCCAAAAUUAUUCGCUUUAUAAUUAUCUGGAGUCAUAUAUCAGAAACCACAAAGGAGACGUUGGGGGACCAUUGACGAGCCGAGCCCCUCGCAGCUGUGUCACGCAGCGGCAGAAUAUCGGUGAAACACGUGCCUUAACUUUUAACUAGUGCCUAUGUCGGGAUUAUGGUAUACUAUAUUUGAUAAAUAAAUUUUAUACUGCUGGCAGUACUAAUCGUAUGUAGAAUAGGCAUUACGCGGUUAUUCCAGAGUAGUCGAUGUUCUUCGACUCACAUUUUCAUCAAGAUUUCGGUUCUGACCCCAAAAUGUCAUGUCUCGAAUACUUAAUUCCAUGUGCUGCACCGGGAAAUUUCUGGACAAUCAUUAUAAAUAUAAUGGUAGAUGAGCGCUCUGCGAUCAUGUUUGAAACCCAAGAUGCAACGUGCCGUAAGCCGGUCGGUGGUCAAAACAUGGGGUUCGGGAUGACCGGUUGAUGACAGCUAACAAGCCAGAAAUGGCCAUUCCAGUCUCCCUUUUCUUUCUCGGUAAUACCAUACUGCCUAUAUCAUGCGCCGCUGUGCGGCUGUUAGUUGGGCUCGAGAGAGAAAUCUAAGGCACAAAGGAACGAGUUAGUUUCGUACGAACGAUCGGUGAGCGCUCCUACUAUUGCAUGUUCUUGAUCGAAACCGACAGGGCGACGGGCUCGUGGCCCAGCGGUUAGGGUCGUGGACUUCUGACUAACAGGUGGCGAGAUCGAGCCUUGGGUGUUCUACACUUCGGGGUUGGGUAUGACCGGCUGACGACGGCUAAUAAUCCAGAGAUGGUCAUUCCAGUCUCCCAUGUCUUUGUCGCUAAUAAAAUACUGCCUAUAUAUGUAUCGCGUUCAUCAUUUCCCGAAGAGGAUGAAGAAGAAGAAGAGACGGCGAUUCAUAGGCCUUAUUGUACUCGGACUGACUUUCUGAAACUGCUUCGAUUCCGUCAUCAGAGUAGCGUGACUUUCGUUCCUGCCGGUCUUGAUUUGUUUAAACUUGACGUUUAUCUCGUAUUAUAGACGUGCUCGAUGCACGAACUACCUGUAUAGCGCUGAAUGGCUUGGACCUCCACGGGGCUGACCGCUGACAGGCUUGCAUGACCUUUGUGCCCUUUGUGGUCGGCGUAAAUUUUGUCAAAUGAACGUGCCGCUUGGCCUCCCCCACGUCAGCGGUUGGCUGAUCGGUCGUUGCUGUUCACGUGACCGCAUCGGUGAGGCAGUGUUCUGCUUUGGUCACAUGACCUCUGGCCCCCAACUUCACUUUUUGGACUGAGCGACGACUCUCGUUCCCGCGCGCUCGCUUGUCUUACUAUUCCAGCCCGGACUGAUCCGAGCCUUGUACACAGCGCCUGGUAGGCGGGAUGUAGAUCUAUAGCUCAGUUGACUGUGCCAGUCGAGGACCAACGUUCGAGCACCAGUCUGGACAUCUUCUCAUUGGAUUGCACAACCGCCCUAGAUUUCUCAAAGGCGAAAUUUUGGUUCAGUUUUCGUAUGUGGGAGAUGAUGAACGCUAUACAAUGUCUGAACGUCGAAUGUUUACGCAUGUAUAUAUACAUAUAUUGGAACGCAGGAAUCCCAAGAAAGGAACUAAUGGUCUUCUUUAAUGUCGUUUCAUAAUUCACAUCCACACCACUAGAUUUCCCAAGCCAAUGCACGGAUGAACUCCUAAAAUCCUAUUACACGGAUGUUCCAGCAGCAGCCUUACUUGUAUUCAUGGACCUUUGUUUAGAAAACAAUUUUUCGUUCGAUUACCAAUAUUGUCAGCAAUUAAAAGGUGCUCCAAUGGGAGCACCUAUAUCUGGCUUUUUUGCCGAGGUGACAAUGCAGAAAUUGGAAUCGAUAGCUCUUCCCUUAGUUAAACCUAAGUUAUGGGCACGAUACGAAGACGACACGUUUGUCGUCGCUAAAAAGGAUCAACUAGACAUGCUUCAAAGCACAAUCACUUUAACCAUUCCAGGAAUUAAAUUAACUGUCGAAAAAGAAGUUAACAAUAAACACCCAUUUUAGAUAUUCACGUAAAGCGUAAGACUGAAGGAACAUUACAAACGCCCCUUUACGCAAAGCAACAUAUGUGGAAAUAAUUCUACACUAUGAGAGCAACAGUGUAAUCUCUCACAAGCGGAGUACUGUCAAAAGUCUGAUAAAUCGAGCAAAAACACAUUGCUUUGAUAAAGAAAGCUACCAAGUUAAACUCCACUAUCUGUUUGGAUUAUUUUCCCAGAACGGUCACCCUAGAGACUUCGUACGUCGACGCAUGAGACAACAAGAGAUAAAAACAAAGGACCUAGAUAGCUCCAUUCAAGCGCCGAAAGCAAACACUUGGCGAAUCCUUCGUUACUUCAGGAAUGUGUCUGAACUUGCCGAAAGACACUUGGGGAAACACCGGAUAAAAGGUACGCACAAGCUGACGACUACUUUAAGCACCUAGCUUCUACAUCCUAAGGAUAGGGUUGACUAUUUCGAUAUGCAUUAGUGCCAGUUUUCAAUCGACCGCAAAGACAAGCUUUCUGUGGUUUAUGGCCACAUCAAACAGAAUAACCCCAACUUCGCCUUUUAGAAAACAAGAGUGAUCGGCCGGGCCAACGAUAAGAUGGCCAGAUUGAUGCCCAAAAGUUGGUCCUUGACUGUCACACAUAACAGAGGUGUAAAUCUGUAUAUCGCCGACUAGGCGCUAUGCACAAAGCUCGAGUUAGUACGGACAAGGCCAUCAGGGUAGUCUAGCAAAGCCACUCAUGGCCGACAGCUAAUGCCACCGGAAUAUAGGGAAGAGGUCGGUCAGAGGUCAUGUGACCAGAACGGGACACCACUUCAUCGCUGCGCCCACGAGACUGAGAGCAACUCACACGAGCCCUAAAAACUGAUCAGUCGGUUGGGUGACGAGGGGGAGGCAUACAAGCAUGCUGGCUAUCCAACAGUUGCGAGGGUCGCAAAGGGGUCAAAGGUGGCAUGAUAACACCGAUGGUCAAUCUCGGAGAGGUCACCACUAAUCAGCCGCGAACAGGCAGGUCGUAGUUCAUGACUUGAGCAUGAUAUCAAGACUGAAGCAAUCCAGACCAGCAGGAACAGCCAACACACCACUCAGAUAAUGGAGACUAGAGGGUUUCCAAAACUUCAACUGAAAUUCCACCUGACCCGCUUUUUGUUUUUGUCUUCUUCGGGAGAAGAUGUAAACGAUAUAUUUAUAUAUAUUUCGAAGAAGAAUGAGUCCUUUGGGAUAAGGAACAAACUUUAUUUCGUAAAUUUUCGAGUCUGGUUCCCCAGCUCGUCUUCAGACGUGUAGUAAGUGUGAAGAAACAGUCAAAAUUUAAACAAUGCCGAAAAAGUCGAUAUUGCUCUGUCAUGACUGAGGAUGGGUUAAUGCUGUGGGCUGAUGUCACGUCUUGAUUGGCUAUUACCUUUUCCAUUUUUCUUUGAGACUUGUGUACAUGUUAUCAAGGUCGAUGCGUCGAUUUAUGCAUGAAUCAUCAGAGUGAAUGGCCUCUAGGAAUUCUCGGCCUUUCUUAUAUGGGAGGUAGGCAUCCCAAGAAUUUCUAGUUGAGGGCGAAUGUGUUUCUUGGGAAAAGGGAGGUUUAUUGUGUAAAUUUACCACGACUGCCUUCCUGUUCGCCAUCAGAAGUAGACGAUAGGCAGAUGUGCCAACAAAUUUAAUAUCUUAAGCGCAGUUAAAACUCGAUAGUUUCUUGGCGUUUGCGCGAUUAUGUGGCCGCCAUGUAUGUCAGUCUGUUCUGAUUGCGUUCGUCUCUUCUAUUUCUCCUUGAAAUCUUUGUGCGCAGCAUCCAACUCGAUGUGCCGGUUGAUGUGUGAUUCAUGUGAGUCCAUGGUCUCGUGUAACUGUCGGCUUUUCUUGAAAGGGCACACAGCGACGAUGUGAGUUUAAUCAAUAGCCGAGGUGGGCUUAGUGUCUGGAGUAUGCAUGGCUACUUGAGACAAGUGUUCUCGCCUCUAUACCGCUAGCUGAUGUUCGUGAAAGGAUUUAGAGCAGAUUUUCCAGUCUAACCACCAUAAACGGCAUCACAUGCAUCACAAGGGAUUUGGUAUACGAUUUCUUCCUUGUCCAGAUAGCUGACUCUGAGCGUAGAGUGUAGAAGCCAAGUGCUCAAAAUAUUCGUCGGUCUGUGUGGCACUUUAAUUUAGUGCCCAUCAACGAGGUUAGGCACCUUAAAUGUAAGGCAGGGUCCGCCGGCUAUUUGUUUGGCCAUCUGAUUUGAAUUACCUGAUUCCUUUGUCUGUGACUAGUUUUGUUUCAUGCGUCGGCGUACAAAAUCUUGUUGGUAUCCAUUCUGCAGCAACAAUUCACGCAAGCAAUUUGGUUCAACUCGAUAGUUUUCUUCGUCAGAACAAUGCCCUUUUGCUCGACUAAGCAGACUGUUGACAGUCCUCCUUUUGUUAGGGAUUGGCUGAUUGCUUUUAUAAGGUAAACUGAAUUUCGCAUAAGUUUCCUUUCGGAAAACCGUUGUGCGUAGUGUUCCAUAUGUCUUUCGCUGUACGAGAACAUCUAGAAACUGCAGUUCACUGUCAACUUUAUUUUCUAGUGUUAAAGGAUCGAACGACUAUACUUUCAGACCUUUUCACCUGUAAUGGUUACCCCAGCCAUUUUUUGAGAAACGCAGGCGCCAAGCGCGCAAACGACGACCACAGGAUCAGCAGCUUGAAGACUGGAGGGCCAUUCACUACAUUAAGGGUCAGCGAGACGGUCUCUCGGCUGUUACAACCUGCCAGAGUAGGCAUAGCCCAUCGACCCCAGGCAACAAUUCGGCACCGUUUGAGGUAACCUAAAGACACACUACUGCCUAUAAACUCCUCAGCAUUUGUCUACAAAAUAAGCUUUACUGAUAGGGACUACAACUAAGCUGGAGAAACCGAGCGGAAAUUGCCCAAGUCGCCGACUCGGAUGCCAGAAACAGACUCGCAACUUGCAACUCGCGUUGGCGAAACAGGUCAUACUUCCGAUCUCUAGGAAGCUACUAUCUUAGACCAGGCAGGCUCGAAGGCAGAGCGAUUAACAAUUGGGGCGUGGUACUCGGAUGUUAACUCCAUCAACAGGCAUUUGGACGUUCCUGCAGCUUACAUAGUCCUACGUCAUUCCCUUCACAAAGCUCACGAGAAGAGGACCACACAGAAACUUGGAGGGUCGCACAGACAGUGAGGCGAUGAGCUUAUUCGAUGAGGGCAGCUAGACUGAUUAACUCCGGGCAUGUUAACCACCUCCCUCCUCCCGACGAGGAGGCGGCAACUCAUAACGACAGUCCGAACGUCGCAUCCGACGAUGUCCACCGUAUGCUCCACAACAGGGUGGCAGAAGUGACGGUGACGUGCGCGUGAUUUAUUGUGAGAGUAGACUUACAUUUCGUCUACCCCACCCCCUUCUCCUCGCCCUCCUCCUCCUCCUCCUCCUCCUCCUCCUCCUCCUCCUCCCCAACCUGGACUCACACCUUACGCAUUUUAAAAAGCCUGCCGAGCACCCCCUGAAAGGGCGAGGCAGCUAGAGAAGAGAAAUAUCGAUGAAUAUGAGGCAUACUUUCUGUUCAAGAAAGUGCAUUCUACGCUCUGAAAAUGGCGAGCCGACCACGCCCUGUGAACUGUCAACAUUAAGCUAAACCUGCUUUGGCGAGCUCUCUCCGUUUGUCAAAUAAAUUAGGCGAAGACAGUUGCAGUUUGGACUUAAGCUGAUAUCAUAUAUGAUCUUCGCUUUGCUUUGGAUUCAUGAAAACGACGGCAGAUCCACAGUCAUCGGAUGUGAUCCCUUCUUCUCAUGCUUACACAAGCAAUUGGUUAUGUAUUAAUGCAACAGCUGCGGCACGAGAAACAAUCUCCGGCGGGGUCGUUUUUGAAUGUUCGGUUAAUGUUAAUGUGUAUAGCUUGCAUAUUUUUGUAUGUUACUGACGCCUGGGGCUGCUUUAACUCAGACGUUACAUUGACCAAGGUUUUUGCGUUCAAUUCUCGCUAAUCUUGCCACAUUUUUAGGGCGUCUUUGAACGGAAUCCUAGUUCUAUUGGGUCAAAAGUGUAAGCUUCUGGAAUCCAUUUAGUCAUCACAGAAGAGCUGCGUGAAGAUGUGAAUUAUUCUAGCAAAAUGGAAAACGCAUUUUUUCAAAGUCAGCCAUCUGCCACUCUAUAUUCUUUCAUUUCAAGCAAGAUCCCUGUUACCUAGGCCGCAGAUUCCUUAGACUGGCCUACUUUUUGGACACUAAGGUGUCUGGUACUGUCAGCACGGAUCGCGAUUUGACUUCCGAGCGUGUCCAAUUGAGAUUCUAAACUGACCCCAAAGCGUUAUUUGUUUCGGUACUAAGCACUGAUCUGUUAUCCUGCCGAUUGCUACGUACGUCUAGAGGGAAUGCAACGCAGUAACUUUGGCCGGUCCCACCACUGUCGUUAGAAGACCAUCUUAAUAGGUGUUAAGGGCGAAUUCGGAGACAAAUCUGAAGUUGAAGCAGUUUGUUUUGGUCAGCCAAGCCCAGCCUGCUUCCCCUACUUUCGUUUGCCUUGUAGCCGCCACUGACAAGGUAGUUGUGAGUAAUGACUACCGCUACGGUUGAAGUUUUUGUUGAUUCGCAGUCUAGAGCAUCGGGCACGGUUAUGAGGUCCGCCUUCAGCCGGUCAUUGACUGCUAAUCACAUGAUCCAUAGAAACCAUUGUGGUGGAGGCCGUGGGAGAGAUUCACUAGGGUAACCCUGACUUUCUAGGGGUUAAUUUGGAGGUUAUGACUUAUGGCCUGCGGCAGACUUCCGCAGCUAAGUGGGAGAAGUUCGGGCAGUGACAUAGUUUGAGCAGCAUUGUCCUGUAGUGGGUAAGACUGAUUUAUAUGUGGGCUUCCUAAACAGGAUAUGAUAGCAGGAAGUGCCUGCAAUAGGAGUGGUUUUAAGCCAACUCCCAAUCAAAUAAGGGUUAAGUUAAAGGUUAGGUCUAGGGUUAGGAUAAGGGCUGGGUUUAUUGCUUGAUCUAAAGCCAACGAUAAGUUAGGUUGGGAUGAAAUUAGGGACUUAGGCAAGAACAAGUUCUAACUGCAGAGUUAAGGUUAAGGGCAGUGUUAGCGUCAAGAUUAGGGCGACGGUUUAGUUUUAUACCAAGAUUAUUGUUCGGGUUGGGACAUGAGAAUAUUUUGCCCCUUCUGGAAUUAUACGCAGGGCCACCCUUGUUUAUUGGACGGGACUUUUCCAUUCCAUGUCCCGUAUAGGGGGGGGGCAUAUAUUUCAGUUCUGCCGGGCAAUGAGACUGUCAACUUCCGAUAUCGAAAGUACUCUUCUGUAUGUGGUACGCACCACGUCUACUAUUUACUCACAGCAGGAUUGACAGGCUAGUCUGUUUGUAGGACGAUGUAACGGAGACUGUGUGCUGUUAAUUUGGAUUCUGUCAUGUUGUUUCUUGUGACAUGGCAGUUUGUCCGUUGAUUCUGACUAUGUCCACCGUGUGCUAUACAACAGGGUGCAGCAGGCACGGUGACCUGCGCAGGAGAUUAGUUUAUAAUGGUAGAAGACUUGCGCAGCAUCUAUUGCACUCUCUCCUUCCCCAUCUUUCAAGACAGAGCCAAGACAAUGGGGGGCGGAAUAUGGGGCAGGUGGUUGGCACGAUGGGACUCGCACCUAGGCGAGUCAUCACACCAUCUGGUCCACAACAACAACCACCCACCAGGUGUCAGAUGGACGAGGAUGACGACUCGGCAGACAUGCCCACCCCUAGUAUACCCAGCGGAGCGCUAGCGCAUUUACCGGCAGGAAACUAGGCGUUAGGGAACUGCCAGCGCAUACCAGGCUUCGAAGGCUUCUUGCGACAUACCAGUACAAACGCAUGCAUGGCGACACCUCAGUUAGGCUUUUUAGGCCUCUCCACCUGAUGCUAUGCAAUCUGACAAAGAAUGGCAAAACUUGGGAGGCUGAAUUUCGAAGCCAGAUUUUCGCGUCUUUUAUACACAAUUUAAGCCUCAUUCAUCGUACAACUUUCCGCUUAUUAGGCACUUUUCGCACCGUGUGAGAUGUCCAUCCAGCCUAAUUCGCUGAUCCAAAUAGACAGCAUUGGGCUACUGCUGUCCAGUCCAGGCAGUAUCGAUUGCGUCUGGAUGUUCGUCUAGACAUGCUUAAGUGAGGCUUUUCCCAAAGGCGGACGCAUGGCCUUCGCCCCUUCCCCUUUAUUUUGGGGUAAUUUAGAGUUUAUGGCUUGUAGCGGGCGGCAGACAUCCGCAGAUAAGUGGGUGAAGUUCAGGCAGUGACAUACAGUGCGUGACCGAUCUUAUGAAAUGUUGGCCGGAAUUCUGAAAUACGUUUUCCAUUAGGAAGGAUUACUUUGGUGGAUUUGUAAUGCUGAUCAUUAAGCGGCAUGAUCCUAUAAUAUUUCAGACUCGGCAGGAUGUCGACCUCUGAAUGCACUUCAUUUCGACCUCCAGUAGAGACCGUACUCGGUAAAUAAUGACUCCUUAAGUAGCAUGCACUUUUCACAUUGAUUUUCGAUGGUCUUGCAAAUUCAAAUAUACUUUAUAGUAAUCAUGUAUAAAAAUAUGUUUUCUUUUAGCCGUUUGAUAGAGGAUCAUGUCAUUUUAAAAUUGUAUACUUGAAGAGGGAGUAUAAUCAGGUGUUAAAUAGUUUUCUAACUUCUGAAUAAUUUAGUGCCUGGUCAGCCGUUGCAUUAGCGCUUAGUGAUUUCAGUCUACCAUCUGCAUAAGUACCGCGUGAAAAGGAUCCCAUAUUCUUCAAUGCCUUUACAAAGAUACCGUACAGAGUUCAUAAAAUAUUGUAAUGGAUUCUGAUUAUAUUGUACCUUUCAUGAAAAGCAGUGGUAAACGGACAGGUAUGAUGCUGCGUGAAUGAACAUUAGUCGGUCUUAAAAAAUAUCAUAAUUAAUAACUUUUAAAACCUAAUUAUACUCCUUCAAGUAUACAAUUGUAAAAUGACGUGAUCCCCUAUCAAACAGCUAAAAAAACAUAUUUUUAUACAUGAUUACUAUAGAGUAUAUUUGAAUUUGCAAGACCAUCGAAAAUCAAUGUUAAACGUGCAUGCUACUUAAGGAGUCAUUAUUUACCGAGUACGGUCUUUACAGGAGGUCGAAAAGAGAUGCAUUCAAAAGCCAACAUCCUGCCGGGUCUGAAAUGUUAUAGGAUCAUGCCGCAAAAUAACCAGCAUUGUAAAUCCACCUAAGUAAUCCUUCCUAAUCGAAAAUGCAUUUCAGAAUUUUGGCCAAAAUUUCAUGAGAUCGGUCGCGCACCGUAGUUUGGGCAGCAGUGGCGGGCAAUGGGUAGGAAUGGUUUAUAUGUGGGCCCCCUAAACAGGUCAUGAGAACAGGAAGUGCCUGCAAUAGGAGUGACUUUAAGCCAACUUCCAAUAAAAUUAGGGUUAAGUUAGAGGCUAGGUCUAGGGUUAGGAUAAGCGUUGGGAUUAAGGCUAGAUCUAAAGUCAACGGUAAGAUAGGUUGGGAUGAAAGUACGGGUUAAGGCAAGGAGUUAAGGUUAAGGGUAGUGUUAGGGUCAAGAUUAGGGCGACGGUUUAGUUUUAUACCAAGAUUAUUGUUCGGGUUGGGACACGAGAAUAUUUUGCCCUUUCCGGAAUUAUACACAGGUUCACCCUUAUUCAGUGGACGGAGCGUUUUCAUUCACAUGUCCUGUAUAUGGAGCGACAUACAAUAGGUGGGCUAACUCAUGAAAUGUCAACCGAAAUUCCGAAAUGCGUUUUCGUUUCGAAAAGCUUAAUUAAGUAGUGUUGUAAACUAGUCAGUCCCGUAUAGUGGGGACAUAUAUGUCAGUUCUGCCGGGCAAUGAGACUGUCAACUUCUGAUAACGAAAGUACUCUUCUGAAUGUGGUACCCACCACGUCUACUAUUUACUCACAGCAGGAUUGGCAGGCUAGUCUGUUUUCAGGACGAUGUAGCAGAGACUGUGUGUUCUUAUUGGAUUCUGUUAUGUUGUUUCUUGCGACAGGGCAGUUUGACCGUUGUUUCUGAUUAUGCCAACCGUGUGCUAUACAACAGGGUACAGCAGGCACGGUGACCUGCGCGGGAGACUAGUUUAUUCUGACAGUAGACUUGCGCAGCAUCUGUUUCACUCUCUCCUUCCCCAUCUGUCAAGAGAGAGUCAAGAAGACCGGGGGCGGGAGAGGACGCAGGUGGCUUGCGCGGUGGAAGCUGCACCUAGGCGCGCUACCACAUCCUCUGGUCCACAACACCAACACCGCAACAGGGGCCAGAAGGACGAGGAUAACGGCUCGGCAGACAUGUCCACCACCUGUAUACCCAGCGGGAGCGCAAGCGCAUCUGCCGGCAGGAAACCAAGUGUCAGGGAAAUGCCAGCGCAUACCAGGCUGCGAGGGCUACUUGCGACAUAUCAGUACAAACGCAUGCACAGCGACACCUCAGUUGGUUUUUUAGGCCGCUCCACCUGAUGUUAGGCUAUAUGACAAAGAAUAGCAAAUCCUCGGAGGCUGAAUUUCGAAGCCAGAUUUUCGCGUCUUUUAUACACACUUUAAGCCCCAUUCAUCGUACAGCUUUCUGCUUAUUAGGCACUUUUCGCACCGUGUGAGAUGUUCAUCCAGCCUAAUACGCUGAUCUGAAUAGACAGCAUAGGGCUAUUGUUGUCUAGUCCAGGCAGUAUCGAUUGCGUCUGGAUGUUCGCCUAGACACAUUUAAGAGAUGCUUUUCCCAAAUGUGGGCACUUGGUCUUCGUCCCCCCCCCCCCGCUACUUCCGCGUUAAGGCCUACUUAGUUGAAAAUAAAUACAAUAUGAGUGAGUUAUAAUUACUUGCCUGGAUACUUGCGAUGAAUGUCUAUCCCCGCGUCUUCGUUAGUCCGUGCAGAUAACUAACUGCACUAAUGUCAUCUGUCAACGAGCCUCCCCGGGAGCUAGAAAUCGCUCGAUGUUCGUCAGUCGACUUCUCAUGCUGCUUAUAUUUGGGUCGGAUCUCAUUUCGUAAACAAGCCCCAGCCGGACCCCUAACCCUAACCUUAACCCCUAACGCUGACCCCCAACUCUUAAUCCCCAGCCCUACCAGGUACUGUUACGAAAUAACAUGUUGCCUAUAUUUGUGUUGCACACAGAGAGGAGGCAAUCAUUAUCAAGUACGAUCAUCGGCUGUGAAUGUGUGGACGACUAAUUUUGAUAGACCUGCGAUCGCCCAGCAACAUUAUCCCCCCCAAAACACCAAAUAGUGUGCUUCCACGGAAAACAUAUGUUACAUCUUUUUCUUCCGAUGAUGAUGAUGAUGAUGAAGAGGAGGAGGAGGAGGAGGAGGAGAGGGGGAGGGGAGGAGGAGAAUGAGAAUGAUAGUGGCGAUGGUGAUUAUGGUGCUGCUGCUGCUGAAGAUGAUGAUUAUGAUUAUGAGGACGAUUAUGUUGAUGACGACGACGACGACUACGGUGAUGAUGACGAUGAGGAUGGCUUGGAGAGUUAAAUCGAAAUUCCAGGAGAACAAAAUGCUCGGCGACUGAGCCUCCUUCGGUGAUGGGCAGUGUAUGCAAUUUUGAAUACCUAAGAUACGAAUCGCAACUGUUAAUUAUUGAGAACUGACAUUUGCAUCGGUGAUUUUCGGACGUACUGUCAUACAUUUCCGUUGCGUUGGCGUUUCUUCGACUUCCGAUAUGGGUGCCAUCGCAUGCGACAACAGCUAGCCUCCGCGCCGUGACUACUGAUCGCAGAGUCAUGAAGUACUCUUGUCGCAUCAACUGUACCAACAGGCGUCAUUACGUUCACAAGGUUCACGACCAGACGACCACACAGAAUUUAAGAGGGUCGCGCAGACAGCGAGACGACGAGCUCAUUUGACGAGGACGGCAAAUGGCCGCUAGACUGAAUAAUCCCGAGCGUGUCAACCACCACCGUCCCCCAAAGAGCCGGCAACUCACAACGGACAGUCUUUAAAAAAGCCCGCCAAACAUCCCUUGAAAGGCCGGGGAUAUUAAAGAGAAAAAUCGAUGAACAUGAGACCUAACACCGCAUAAUGGAACUUUUAUCUCUUUUCAAGUAAGUGCAUUCUACGCUUUUGACAAUGACAAAUCGACCACGGAGAUGAAUGUGAUGAAGAUUUAAAAAAUCGAUAUGGAAAUAGACAGGUCGGUAUAGUGACUAGUUGGAGUCUAUCGCCGCGAGCUUUCAUCAUCUCGAUGACAUCUGUCUGUGUCCGAGACCGGUUUCCGAUGCAGAGAGUGUUUCGCUCAAACCACAGCCUAAGAACUGCUCACAUCUCCGAAGCCGCUGGUCUGGUGCUUGACAAAGGCAAAUAAGCCAAUAUCUAGUGUCCUCUGUCGGUAAACUCCAAUGGUUGCUGAUUGUUUUCCGCCGUGCGCGCGUCCACAAUGACUAUGAGGCGGGGCUGAGGAGCGAAACGGAACGACGUCCUUUUCUUCUCUGAUCUAAGACCACAUGGGUGAACUUCCGUGGUAAGAUGCAGUUAUGUAACUCCACCUGAUGGACACUAUACUUUCGGGGUUGGGGUUAGGGGCUGCUGAGAAGACGAAGAUGCGAUCACUGUAAAAAGAAAUUUAUUGGCAUGAAGUUUCGGAUUCUCACUCGAAUCCAUCAUCAGAGACAGUCGCAGAUAAGGGUAAUGGUGGCACAAGGAGUGCAGUAUUUAUAGCACGUAGCUGCUGUGGGACCAUAUGCCUGCUGUCAUUAACAACUCUCAGAAUCACCGCUGGGGUCGUAAUUGAUGCGAUGGUGGCUUGUUAGUUCGCGUCUAAGUCAUUAAUGGCCAUAAUUUCGUCAUCCGUGUUGGAUGCUGGUGUGACGAGUGGUUGGUAAAUUGGCUCACUGUCACUGGGAUAAUUGCUAACCGGCGUACUCCCCACGUGACUGAUUCCCCGGCCCAGGGAAAAUCUCAGCACGGAAUGUGGUUAGGGGUUAGAGUUAGGUGCUAGCGUUAGAGGCUAGGGUUAGGAUUGGGGUUAGGGAUUAGGACAACUAUUUCUCAACCAUUCAAUGUACAACCGCACAUUCCAAAAAGCUUUUUUUGCCUACAACGACUUGACUUCGUCGGCUGCUGGUUCCCCGACCCACCUGUAAAAACCCUUGUUACCAUCGGUCCCGUAUUACAGGUGGCUGGAGUUCGUUUACUUCAGGCGGGGCUACAUAGCCACAUCUAACCAACUCCGUUACCAAUAAAAUCUUCGGCUAUCCGUACCAUUCACUUUGCGAAAGCCGCAGUUCAUCUAAGGCUGAUGAACAGCAGAACGAACUCCUGUUUUGCGUUAUGCCUCUUUUCGCAAAACAGGAUUCUGGCCUAUUGCGCCACGUGAGAGUAUCCUACAGUCAGAUCUUGUCCAUAACAGUUAUUUAUAUGGAAUGACAAGAGGUUCUUCAGAAAUGUCAAGUUUAGCUCGUGAAUUUUCGAGCUGACAACACCAACCCAUCGUCGGACGAAAUGAAAACAAGUUAAAUUGCCGCACUAAACCAGUUAGCGCAACGAGACAGAGAGACCAUUGUCGUGUGAGAGGGGUGGUCCCGAAGUCAUGGUGGGUUUCUGAGUAAAGGAGGGAGGAGGGCAGAAAAUGUGGAACUCUCACGGUACCUUGUGCUGAAGGGGCAGAGUGGGUGGUGGAUCAAUGAAAAUCAGUGGUAGUAAUCGAGUGGAUGGACAAAGACGAGGGGCAGGGGGUCUCGCCAACAGAUAGUCCGUUUGUGUUCGUUAAAAAGGGUGCUCAGGCGUCGGCCCAUAUGGCCAACAUACACGCAGGGGUAAUUUGCACACGGCAUGCGAUAAAUUACAUUUUUUUAUUGCUCUUUGGGGAAUGAAUCCUUGACUCGAGAUAGUACUUCGCACAGUGAGGAUGCCGGUUUGUGGACAACUUUAAUAAUCAAGCGAUUUAACUGUCGAGAGUUUAUUGUAGAGGGUCCCCACAUAUACAGCAGGGAGAAGAAUUCUCGUGCCACAAUAUCUCCGUUUGGGCUACUGUCUUCUGGCUGUGCCUCGUGCUUGAGGCAGUUCUUUACAAAACUAAUCGGAUAUUCGUUAGGUAAAAAUAACCGAUACAAGUAAGCAUGCUCGUUCUUUAGGAGAUCGUUGCUGUUACAAUAACGGUAGGUACAUGUGUAAAUCCUGUCUCGUCAUGCGUCGACUCUGUAGAGCGUGUCACCCAACUAAGGCCAAAUUACUGAUGCAGCAUGUUGGGUGGGACUUCCUAAGCGCAUUACAUUUAGCUAGCACUCACUCAUUUAUCACACUUUAACGCUGAAUGCGGAUGAAAAGCUUGAUUCCCUGCACUUUUAUAUCUCCCAUCAGGCCCAAUAAUCCGCACGUCAUGCUCUGCGGUCACACGUUCUGUCUAAGUCCAUGCCUCCUACCAGAGAAUUCGGAUCAGAAAUUUGUUUGCUGUCCAUUAUGUCAAAUCGAGACACGCGUCAUCGACCUGAAGCCAAUGUCACGUGACCAGCCGGAGAACCUAGACGCUCUCUCUGCCAAUUCGGAAACAAUGCGUUCCUGUCCGAAACAAAGCCUCUCUCAGCACAGUUCAAAGACAGUUUGUCCAGCCUGCGUCGGCAAUUACGAGUCGGAGGUGAGUUAG